AUGUCUUCCCAAGCGCAUCCUCCAGACCUUGAGAAGGGCCAGAGUUCAUCGAGCAAUGAUUAUGAGGAUGCCGAGAAGGCACACAAUGGACACGAAGGUACUUCACAAGAUGCGAGCGACACGUCCAGCGUCUUCUCAGAACAACAAAUGGAAGGCCCACCUAGCAUACGGAGCCGGAACAGCACUCUAUCACGUACGCCUUCGCGGCGGAUAGAACGAGUCAACACCACCGCCUCGACCGCACUCUCGAAGAUCAGAUCACGAAAUCCUCGCGGGCCUUUUACCCACCCUUUGACACACGAGAAGACGAAACCAGACCACAUCGUCGAUUUCGAUGGACCAGAUGAUCCAUACAGACCGAUGAACUGGCCGUUCCGAAAGAAGGCCAUCACCACGGUGGUAUACGGCCUGACAACGAUGGGCGCCACGCUCGCAUCCAGCAUCUUCUCACCCGCGCAACAGCAAAUUGCCGAGCAUUUUGGUGUUGGUGAGGAAGUAGCAGUUCUUGGAACAGCGCUGUUCUUGUUUGGGCUUGGUCUUGGGCCUCUGUUAUGGGGCCCGCUGUCAGAACUGUAUGGGCGAAAACCGGCGGUGCUCAUUCCAGCUUUCAUUGGAGGAGUGUUCGCUUUCGGCGUGGGAGCCGGAAAGGAUAUUCAGACUGUGAUCAUCUGCAGAUUCAUGCAAGGGGUCUUCUCAUCGGCCCCAGUAACCAAUACCGGCGGCGUACUCGGCGAUAUCUGGAGUGCAGAGCAGCGUGCUGCAGCAAUUGUGGGCUAUGCCAUUGCGGUGGUAGGCGGGCCGACUCUGGGACCCUUGAUCGGAAGCGCUAUUGUCACCAGUUCUCUCCGCUGGAGGUGGACACAGUACGUCUCUGGCAUCUUCAUCAUGGUCAUCCUGGCUCUUGGGGUAAUUGUCCUGGAUGAAUCCUACCCACCGGCUCUUCUGGUCCGCAAGGCCCAGCGUCUCCGUCAUGAAAGCGGCAACUGGGCUCUCCAUGCUAAGCAUGAAGAGUGGGAUGUUGGGAUCCAGGAAAUGAUCAAUAAGUACGGCGUCCGUCCGUUCAAGGUUUUGACGUCGCCUAUUGGGUUCUGUGUGGCGCUCUACGCCUCCUUCACGUAUGGCAUUCUGUACGCUACGCUUGGCGCAUACCCGGUCGAAUUCGAGGAAGUACGAGGCUGGAGUCCAGUCGUUGGCUCUCUCGCCUUUCUUGGUACAUUAAUUGGUGUCUUCUUCGGCUCAGCGGUCAACCUCCUCAACCAACGCUUCUACAUCAAGAAGCUACGAGCGAACAACGGCAAUCCUGUCCCCGAAGCCAGACUCCCGCCCAUGAUGUUCGGCAGUAUCUGCUUCACCGGUGGUCUCUUCAUCUUCGCCUGGACGUCCGACCCUUCCAUCCACUGGAUCGGCCCAAUGAUUGGGGUCGUCGUCAGCGGCACCGGAUUCUUCACCAUCUUCCAGGCCGCCCUAAACUAUUUGAUCGAUACGUUCCAGCGGUACGCUGCGUCAGCUAUCGCGGCGAAUACGUUCUUGCGGAGUGCGUUUGCUGGAGCUUUUCCGUUGUUCAUUACGCAGAUGCUGCACGCGUUGGGAGUCGAUUGGGGCAUCAGCGUGUUUGCAUUUUUCAGUUGUUUGCUGAUACCCAUUCCUUAUUUGUUCUACGUCUUUGGGUACAGGAUCAGGGCGAGAGGGAAGUGGUCGAGGGAGAGCACACUGUGA